CUGACCACGGCGCUGUUAGAGCGGCCCGUCUUCGCCGCGAAGCUGCUGGCUGGCCAGAUGCCCGAGAAUAUCGAGGACGUCUUCAGGGACGUAGGACUUUCCCUCUUCCCUGACAGGAGUGACGACCUUGAGACCGACUGCUCAUGCCCCGACUGGUCGAAUCCUUGCAAGCACAUCGCGGCGGUCUACCUCCUCCUGGGUGAGGAGUUCGACCGCGACCCCUUCCUGAUCUUCAAGCUGAGGGGAGCGGAACGUGGAGAACUCUUGAGCUUGGCCGGACGCGAGGCCGUGGGCAGCAGCGUCGGAGCCUAUGAAACGACCAUCAAGUCUCGUGCUGACCAGGGGACAGAUCAAUCACCAACUGAGCCUCUUCCUGCUGAGCCCGCCGAGUUCUGGGGACAGGAGACCACUGAGCGAGAGGAGGCUGCCCAUGGGGCAGCGCGCAUCCCAACGGUUUCUGCGUCGCUGCCGAAACGGUUGGGCAACUUCCCGUUCUGGCGGGGCCGCGAUGGCUUCAUACCUGCGUUGGAGGAGAUAUACAGCAGGGCGUCGCCUGCCGGAUUGGAUGUGUUUCUUGGGGAACGGCAGCGCUCAGUGCGUUCGAAAGCCGCUGGUCAUGAUGAGUGA